GUCGCAAACGGUACCUUCCGUAGACGUUAGGGUUUAAGCAGCCCGACAGAAGAGCUUCGUCGUUGUUCGUCUCCCUUGCGAGUAGGAAGGAGCUUUCCUUUCGAGGCGGUAAUGGACGCUGCCUACUGGAUCCGUCAGCCGGUUCUGCAAUCUCCUGCCGUGCCCGUGCCGAAGCGGCAGCGCACUAAUUCCGAUGUCGUAGCUGGAGCUCCUGGUCAAGAAGCUCAAGUUUUUAUGCCACGUGAAGAGCAUGCUAGAAUACAAGCUAUAAAGGAUACCAGAACACUAGGAACUUCAUAUGACCAUUAUCUUCAGAAUCCCCAACAGUUGUCAUCUUAUGGCUCUGCUCAAGCUGGUGAUGCAGGUGUGAGUAGAUCUGUUGGUGGGGAAGUUUAUGGGUUCAGAGGAGGAAAUGCAAGCCUUUCUUACCAAGAGCCUGUCAUGUUGACUGGUCCUGGUUUUAGGUCAUUGGGACCACAAGAGGUGGCAAAUGGUAGUUUUCCUAUGGGUUUUCGCAGUCAAGUACCUAUUGAUCCUAUGGCUAGGCCACUGCAUCCUGAAAGAGAGAUCCCCCUACCAGAUGAUGCUUCAAAUACUUUGUUUGUUGAAGGGCUUCCCCGUGAUACAACGGAGCGGGAAAUAGCACAUAUAUUUCGCCCUUUUCGGGGAUACAAGGAAGUUCGGGUAGUGAAGAAAGAACCUAAAUAUGAUGGUGCAAACCCUAUUAUUCUCUGUUUUGUGGAUUUCACUACUCCAUCCUAUGCCAUGGCUGCUAUGAGUGCUGUGGAAGGAUACAAGAUGGACCUUCAUGACCCAGAUUCAUGGGCUCUGCGUCUGCAGUUCGCAAAGUUCCCUGCUCGUAGAGCUGGCCAUGGUUCUCAUGGCAGGAGAUAGAUAAGAUCAGUCUUUUGUUACGAAAACCCUUUCUGACUGUUCUUAAAUCAGCUUUUUUUAACCUUUAAAAUUGAUGAGCCGAACAGAGUGCCUGCUUCUACGGGAUAUUUUAGCAGUUCGUAACCUUUAGCUGCUUGAAAGCGUAAUUGACCUUUUUUAUUCUGGUGAUUAACUUCCUAUGUUUUAAUUUAAUUUGUAAGCUGAAUUCUUAUAUUUGAUGAUUUGAUUGCAACUUCCUUGCUAAAUUAUGUCGAGUCACAAUUAUCGCUGACUUUCUACUCUGCAAACUGUAAUUGGAUCUGCGAACAUCAUAUGAAGAUGAACUAAUCGCAUGUUGGUAGAAGCUUUGGCUAACGUAAUGAACAAUAUCCUCCUAUUUUUUGAGCCU